AUGCCUGCCAUGCCUGGCUCGCCGUCCCCAGUUCCAGCUGACGACGAGAGCGACUCCAGUUCAGUUCUGCCGGAUGUCUUCUCGAACAACGCCUCCGACUCUGAUUCCUCCACCGCAGCUAGCGACCUGGACACCAGCAGCGAAUCCGAAUCCGAGCUUGAGUCUGACGACGAGUCCGAGGAUGAGCUGGCGCUAGAUGAUGAAGAGGAGCAACUUUCACCAGAACACUAUCUUCGAGAGGCCGAGUCUUUAGAUGUCUCCAAGCUCCGUCAGAAACGUUACAGUCCGAAAACUCAAGAGCGAUUGGAUGAGACGCAAGAUUUCUGGGACAGGUUUUGUCGAGGCACAAACCGUGAUCCGGUAGAAUGUCUUUCCUGGCUCUCUGAUACAGAGGAGACGGUCCGCUUCCUUAAGGCCCUCUUCUCCUGGCGCUGUGACCAGCGACGGGGAAAGGAUGGUCGUCACACCGCAGGAGUGAACAAAAAAAGCACACUUAACGCAUUCUGGAAGUGGUGGCAUCUGAUAUACACAGCCGAAGUUGGCCACGGCCUCAGCAAGGAUAUCCAAGUCAAGGUCCGCGAUGUGCUCGCGAUAGUAGCCACGGACAAAAAACUCUCCCUCAAAAAGCGCCCCAAAGCGACCAUGUAUGUCGAGGACGUGGCUGAAUUCGCCCGAGUGAUCCUGUCCACCACAGAAAUGACUUUCCCUUGUGGCUGGUACCGGAUCCAACUCCUCCUAUUCUGCCAGCUGGCGGCUAUUACCGGUAGUCGGCCCGGAGCGUUGCUAAAGCUUCGCUUCCAGGAUCUAAAGUUGACGUUAAUCCGGGAUCCGGACGGAGGACGCCCCCGACUUUUUAUCUACUUGAGGCCAGAAUUCACAAAGUCAUUUCUUGGAGAGAAAGAAUCGUGA